AUGUCGGAACCACAGCCUGACCUGGAGCCGCCCCAGCAUGGGCUGUACAUGCUCUUCCUACUUGUGCUGGUCUUCUUCCUCAUGGGCCUAGUUGGCUUCAUGAUCUGCCACGUGCUCAAGAAGAAGGGCUACAGAUGCCGCACGUCCAGGGGCUCAGAACCUGACGACGCCCAGCUCCAGCCCCCUGAGGAGGAUGACAUGAAUGAGGACACGGUAGAAAGGAUUGUUCGAUGUAUUAUCCAAAAUGAAGCCAAUGCCGAGGCCUUGAAGGAGAUGCUGGGGGACAGUGAAGGAGAAGGGACAGUGCAGCUGUCCAGUGUCGAUGCCACCUCCAGCCUGCAGGACGGAGCCCCCUCCCACCAUCACACAGUGCACCUAGGUUCUGCAGCUCCUUGCAUCCAUUGCAGCCGCAACAAAAGGCCCCCACUUGUCCGUCAGGGCCGCUCCAAAGAAGGAAAGAGCCGCCCUCGGCCUGGGGAGACCACUGUGUUCUCUGUAGGCAGGUUUCGGGUGACACAUAUUGAGAAACGUCAUGGGCUACAUGAGCAUCAUGAUGGCUCUCCAACAGACAGGAGCUGGGGCUCUGGUGGGGGGCAGGACCCAGCAGGCAGUCAGGGGUCUGCAGGAGGGCAAUCCAGAACAGGGAUGGCUGCCAUGGAGAGGCUGCCCCCUGAGAGGCCACAAGCCCAGGCCACAGCCAGCCCCCCAGUACAGAAUGGAGGACUCAGGGACAGCAGCAUAGUUCCUUGUGUACUUGAGGGGAAUCCUGGAGCCUCUGCAGAGCAGGCCCUGGGGGCCAGAAGCAGAGGUCCAAGCCCAGGGGUGCCCAGUCAAGAAGCAAAUGGACAGCCAAGCAAACAGGACACCUCAGAUCACCAGGUAUCCCCACCACAGGGAGCAGGGGGUGUAUGA